AUGAUGAAGGUGUUAGAGGGUCGCCCCUGGUGUUUUGACAACAUGCUCAUCAUCAUGAAGGAAGCCGAUGGUGACGAACAACCUGACCAAGUAAGUCUCAUUCAUUCUCCUUUUUGGGUCCGAGUUAAAAAUCUUCCUUUUAAUUACCGCUCCGAUGAUAUCGUUAAAGCUUUGAUUGGAAAUAUGGGAGAGAUUCUUGAACUGGAGGAGGAUGUUUUGGGUUUUGGAAGAUAUCGGAGAAUUAAGGUGCUUCUUAAUGUUACUAAACCGCUGCGUCGAUUCCGAAAACUGAAAGAUAAAAAGGGACGUGAAUUUCAGGUGGAUUUUGCCUACGAAAGGCUACCUUACUUCUGUUUUGCUUGUGGGAUUAUGGGCCACUCGGAGCGGGAGUGUCAUGGGGUAGCCGAAGAAGAUAAGCAGGAGAGUCUUGGCUGGAGUUUGGCUCUUAAAGCGACUCCAAGAAAAGGAAGAACGAAGGAGAUUGAGGAAGAAAAGAAGUGCAGGAUGAAUAAAAAAAUGCUUUUUCCUACUGAAACCUCGGAUUCUGGACCAAACUACACCCAAAAGACAGUGCAAUUUUUUUGUCCCCCAUCUAGUGACAUCAAUAAACCCUCAUCAUUACUUCAUAAUGAGGACAAUCAUGUUGAUGUGUUUCCCAAACAACCCAAUGAACCUUAUGAUAUUAUUCCCAGAGCUUUGAAUGAAGUAGGGACACCUGGCUGGAAGCGGUUGGCGAGAGGAGAGUUGGAUGAUAAAGGGACAGUUGAAAAUAUGGAGACGGAUGUAGAACAAUUUUCGAAGAAGCGUGAUAUUAAUGAGGUUAGUAGUAUGGUGUGUGAAGAAUCUGCUGCUGCAACGAAGCGUUCUAAGCUGAGCUCGGCGAUUUUAUCACAGUCCAUGUAUGAGGCGGAGGAAGAAAUAAAUUUCAGUCUUGUUUCUUACUCUCAAAAUCACAUAUGUGGUGAUAUUGAGAAUGGUGUUCAGAAGUGGCGUUUCGUGGGUAUUUACGGUUGGCCAAAAGAAGAAGACAAAUACAAGAUUUGGAAUUUAAUUCGUCAUCUUUACGCUGAUUCAGAAAUUUCGAUUCUUUUUGGUGGGGACUUUAAUGAGAUUCUCUGUUCGGAUGAAAAAGAGGGUGGUGCUGAUAGGACUCGAAGGGCGAUGGUUUCUUUUUGCGAGAUGAUGGAUGAGUUGGCUCUUUGUGAUCUUGGCUCUUCGGGCCCUUGGUACACGUGGGAACGUGGUAAAACAACAGCUACUAAAAUUCGUGAAAGAUUAGAUAGAUAUUUGGGCUCCUCUUCAUGGCUUGACAUGUUUCCAGAUGUUAGAGUUGAAAAUCUUUUACGUUACAAGUCAGACCACUCUCCCAUUGUUACCCGUUGCCGUAAGUACAACCAUGGAGAUUUUGUCCGGAAAACAUGGGACGAUUCUGUGGGUGGCGUGAUCUUUUCUCGCCUUGAGACACUUGGUCGGGGUUUGCUUGCGUGGAGUAAGGAGAAGUUUGGGAAAUUAAGUUCUCAAAUUACCAAGACUGAGAAGAAAUUACUUGAGCUAAAUGAUUUACAUGAGAAGCAUGAGGCGUACUGGUACUUACGUUGCCGAGUUUCCGAGGUUCGUGAUGGUGAUCGAAACACAAAAUAUUUUCAUCAUAAGGCGUCCCAGAGACGGAAAAGAAAUUAUAUCACAGGGUUAUAUGACAGUUCUGGUGUCUGGAGAGAAGAUGAGGAGUCACUUGAAAACAUUUUUGGGAAUUAUUUUACUGGCAUUUUCACUUCGACGAGCCCUACUGAGUUGAAUUUUUCGGAGGUUCUGAGUCACAUUAGUCCUGUUGUUUCUGAUGUUUGUAAUCAGAGUCUGUUGCGCCCUUUCACUAAAGAAGAAGUUUAUUCGGCUCUUCAGCAGAUGCACCCUUGCAAAGCCCCGGGGCCUGAUGGUAUGCAUGCUAUCUUCUAUCAGAGAUUUUGGCAUAUUGUGGGUGAUGAUGUUGCAAACUUUGUAUGUAGUAUUUUGCACGGGAUUACCUCUCCGAGUUGUAUUAACCACACUAAUAUUGCUUUGAUUCCUAAAGUUAAAAAUCCCACUGUUGCAGCUGAGUUCCGUCCCAUUGCUCUAUGUAAUGUGCUGUAUAAAUUGAUUUCCAAAACACUAGUUGUGAGAUUGAAACAUUUUCUUCCUUCUAUAGUUUCGGAAAAUCAGAGUGCUUUUGUUCCGGGUCGUCUUAUUACUGAUAAUGCGUUGAUUGCUAUGGAAGUCUUUCAUUCCAUGAAGUACAGAAAUCGAAGUCGACAAGGUAUUGCUGCUAUGAAAUUAGAUAUGAGCAAAGCAUAUGAUAGAGUGGAUUGGGGAUUUCUUCGGAAACUCCUUCUAACUAUGGGUUUUGAUGGACGUUGGAGUAAGGUCCAGGCGAAAUUGAUCCAUGGUGCUAAGGCUAGCCGUAAUGGGCCUGCAGUCUCCCACCUUCUUUUUGCUGAUGACAGUCUUUUGUUCACAAGAGCUACCAGACAGGAAUGCACAAUUAUCGUUGAUAUUCUCAACCAGUAUGAAGCAGCAUCCGGGCACAAAAUUAAUUAUGAAAAGUCUGAAGUUUCUUUUAGCAAAAGAGUUACUGUUGAACAAAAAGCGGAAUUGACAGGAAUUUUAAAAAUGCGGCAAGUGGAGAAACAAGAGAAAUACCUUGGUAUCCCCUCUGUUACAGGGAGAUCAAAAAAAUCUAUUUUUAAUGCUCUCUUAGAUAGAAUUUGGAAGAAACUCCAAGGAUGGAAGGAAAAACUAUUAUCUAGGGUUGGUAAAGAAAUUCUUGUCAAAUCGGUUAUCCAAGCCAUCCCUACCUAUCUCAUGGGGGUGUAUAAACUUCCUUGUUCUGUGAUUCAGAAGAUUCAUGCUGCUAUGGCUCGUUUCUGGUGGGGAAGCUCGGCUUCAAGUCGGAAAAUUCAUUGGAAGAGCUGGGAGUCUCUUUGUACGCUGAAGUGCUUUGGGGGCCUCGGGUUUAGAGAUCUUGCAGUUUUCAAUGAUGCAUUGUUGGGGCGUCAAGCUUGGCGACUUAUUCGGGAACCUGAUUCUCUAUUUGCACGUGUUAUGAAGGCAAAAUAUUAUCCACAUUGUGAUUUUCUUCAAGCAGCCCUCGGGGUUUCAUGUAGCUACUCUUGGAAAAGCAUCUGGAGUUCGAAGGCUCUCAUAAAGGAAGGAAGUAUCUGGAGGGUGGGAAAUGGUAGGAGUAUUAGUAUAUGGGACGACUCAUGGGUGGGUGAUGAUGAUGGGAGAUUUAUCACAAGCACUAGAGGUGAGGUUUUAUCUAGAGUUAGUGAUCUGAUGUUACCCAAUGUUUAUGAGUGGGAUAGUGAGUUAGUUGAGACUCAUUUCAAUGAUAGAGAUGCUCGUUGUAUAAUGGCAAUACCCUUAAGCUCGUGCAAUAACCCGGAUGAGUUGACUUGGGCUCUCACAAAAAAUGGUUGUUACUCGGUUAAAACAGCGUACAUGUUGGGUAAAGGAGGUAAUCUUGAUCUUUUUCAUAAGGCUUGGGUGGAUAUUUGGGGCUUAGAGACUAGCCCAAAAGUUCGGCACUUCCUCUGGCGUUUGUGCACCCUUACUCUGCCCACUCGCUCUCUGCUGCAUUACAGACAUUUGAUUGAUGAUGCGCACAGCCCAUGGGGCUGUGGAGGUACGAAAACUGUAUACCACGCUAUUUUUGAUUGUCCUUGUAUUGCUGAUUUGUGGCGAGCCAGCGGCUGUGAAGCAAUGUGUGUCGUUGAGCAAGGCUGGACCAUGUGCGAGCUAAUCGAGCACUGGGGAAGUUUGGAGACCAAGAUGGUGUUGCGAGGAGCUGUUUUAGCUUGGUGUAUUUGGGGAGAAAGGAACCAGAUGGUCUUUCAAGGUAAUUUGUCUUCGCACCACAUCAUUCUCGCUCGUGUUCACAGGCUGGUGGAAGAGCAAGGUUCCUAUGUGGCUUGCAUAUACCCAAAUGUAGCAGCUAAACCAGUAACUAGCCCCAACAAAUGGAGUAGUCCGCCCCCUGGUAUGGUCAAGAUAAAUGCCGACGCAUCGCUUGAGGUUGAUGGUUGGGUGGGAAUAGGUGUUAUUGUACGUAACUCUGAUGGUAACGUUUUAUUUUCGGCCUCAAGACGAAUCAGGGCCUACUGGACCUCGGAAAUUGCAGAAGCAAAGGCCAUAGCAGUGGCUGUAAGAUUGGGGAAGCGCUUUGGGUUUAAAGAAGUCAUCUUUGAGUCAGUUUCUUGGUCUCAUGUUAAGCGCGAUGGUAAUUGUGUUGCCCAUCAUUUAGCUAAGCUAGUUCCUUUUGGUGUUGAGCAGAUAUGGGAAAACCAUACUCCUAUGGAUGUGGCGCCCUAUGUACUUAUGGACUUUUUUUCCCGAGAUUAA